AUGUUGUUGUGGGGUCUGGUGGAGUUUGGUAGCGCCUACAAGUCUACUGGUCUCCUGGACGAUGUCUUGGACUCUGUACGAUGGUCACUGGAUUACUUUUUAAAGGCACACACGGAAAAGUUCGUCUUUUACGGCCAGGUUGGUGACCCCUAUGUUGACCACGCCUACUGGGGUCGACCAGAGGACAUGGAUAUGACCCGGCCAGCAUAUAAACUGACACCUGAAUCUCCAGGCAGUGACCUCAUCGGCGAGACCUCUGCAGCAAUGGCUGCUGGUUAUGUUGCCUUCAGAAAUAUAGAUCCCGCCUAUGCUCAGAAGCUGCUGUCGCACGCCAAGGAUCUGUUUGAAUUUGCAGACACCUUCCGGGGCAGUUAUAGUGACACCAUAGACAACGCCGUGGAGUUUUACGGAUCUUCAAGCGACGAGGACGAGUUGGCCUGGGCGGCCGUGUGGCUGUACCGGGCCACUGGCAACAGGUACUAUCUCAACAAGGCGCAGUACUGGUUCCGUCUGGCGCCAUCUUGCUGGGCUCAGAGCUGGGCAGACAAAACCUGCGGAGUGUCGGUGUUACUGUACAAGCUGACAAAAGACAGACAAUACAAGUCUGUCAUCGAGAGCACAUUCUCCCAAUGGUUACCAGGAGGUCAUGUCCACUACACGCCCAAGGGGCUGGCCUUUAGGAGCGACUGGGGAACUCUGCGAUACACAGCUAACAUGGCGUUCGUGGCGUUAGUGGCCGCCGACUUGGGCAUCCAGCCAUCCAUCUAUAGACCCUGGGCACGCCGUCAGAUUCACUACAUGCUUGGUGACAGCGGACGCAGCUAUGUGGUCGGCUACGGAUACCGCUUCCCUACAAGACCUCACCACGCUUCCAGUUCCUGCAAAUCACCACCCCACCCCUGCACAUGGGCAGACUACAGCAAGUCGGAGCCCAAUGCACACAUUCUGUAUGGGGCUCUGGUAGGGGGCCCCGACAGCGAGGACAACUUCUUGGAUGAACGCGAUGACUACAUCCACAACGAAGUUGGCUGUGAAUACAAUGGCGGCUUCCAGUCAGCCAUUGCAGACAUUGCAAGUUUUAACAAAUCACCAAAGCACAAGAUCCAUACAGGAUGUCAUUUUAAAAACCAUAUUGAGGAAAGACAUGCGCGGACGAACAACACAAUUCACAGAUUACCCAGAGCUACAAAUGCAAGCUGCUUUAGCCGUGAUAUGAAAUUAGAGAACACGCAAUUUACUGGCAAUCACCUGAAAACUGGGGAGACCAAGAAUAUGACAAUAAAUCACUCAAUGAAUGUGCUUCGUUAA